UUGUGUCUACUGCUAGGGCCAGUAGAGGGGUGAGUGCUCUUCGCAUUCAAAAGCUAGCUUGCUCUGUAGAUUCACUAUAACAGCUUUAAAUACUUUUGUUUUUUGUCUGUUACAAGCAGAAUAUUUAAAUAGUAAAUAAAUCUAACAAUUAAAUAUAUUUUUCCGAGGCAAUCAUAGAAAACGCAGCCUCAUCGACGUUGUCCAGUGAAAUAUAAGUAAAUGUUAAUUCCUGAGAGUUGAGCACCUCUACUCGAGGCUGGAGGGGGGUUCUCCUGCAUCUUGUAAUUAGCUGAGCAGCUUUACUACUCAGACACGACAGAGGUAUUCUCCUGCAUCUGUCUGAUGAGUUUCCUUGCGUGGUGUUGGGUUUGAAACGUGAGCGUCACGGAGCCUCCUCCUCCUCCUCCUCCGUCUGAGCCGGAGAGAAGUCCCAGUGAGCGGCUCCCUAACUUUAGUGUCGGGUCUGAAAGCGGAGCGCUGAGGAGCCGAACCGGAGCCGCUCUCACCGAGGAUUUACUCCUGUCUGUCGGGCUGUUUUAAAUCUGCUUUGAUCCGCAUUGGCUUUGAAGUUUUCCACCGUCACGUUUUAGUUGCGGACGCGCGCCCCCGCGUCUGGGAUUAUUCCUUUUUGCCUGAAGACUUUAUCAUUUAUCAGAAAGCUACUUUUUGUGAGUUCGGUUGGUUUUGGAGAUCUUAUCAGAUGACUGUUCGGUUCGAACCCAACCUGCUCUGACAUGAGGAAAUAACGUGGAUCUCCUUGUGAGCCUGUGCGUUUUGUUGACUUUUUAUUGAUCGUUUUCUAAAAUUUAACCCUUUUUAAUAACGAGGAUGGACGGUUGUUCGCUGCAGAAGGUGAUUUUUUCCUGGUAUCUCUUGGUGAUGUCUGGCUCCAGUUUUGAGAUUGGCUCCUAUGACCUGGAUCGAGGCAGACCAGCCAAGUGUGAGCCCAUCAUGAUCCCAAUGUGUCAGGGGAUCGGCUACAACCUCACCCGGAUGCCCAACUUCAUGCACCAUGACAACCAGAACGAGGCUGCCAUCAAGCUGCAGGAGUUUGCCCCACUGGUGAAUUAUGGUUGUGAUGUUCACCUCCGCUUCUUCCUCUGCUCCCUCUAUGCCCCCAUGUGCACAGACAAGGUGUCCACCUCCAUCCCCGCCUGCAGACCCAUGUGUGAGCAAGCCAGGGAAAAGUGUGCCUCCAUCAUGGAGUCCUUCGGCUACACCUGGCCCGACUCCCUGGACUGCUCCAAGCUACCAACCAGAAAUGACCCCAACGCGUUGUGCAUGGAGGCCCCCGAAAAUGAAACCAGGACGGAGGGAAAGAAAGGUGAAGGCAUGCUCCCGAUGCCCCCUCGCCCUCGGCAGCCGGGCGCCAGUGGAAGCCGCUCUCCAGGUGGUGUGGGAUCGUGCGAGAACCCGGAUAAGUUCCAGUUUGUGGAGAAGAGCCAGUCCUGUGCUCCACGCUGCUCCCCCGCUGUGGACGUCUACUGGUCCAGGCAGGACAAAGACUUUGCCUUCAUUUGGGUAACGGUGUGGUCCAUCCUGUGCUUCGUCUCCACUGCUUUCACAGUCCUGACCUUCCUCUUGGAGCCUCACCGCUUCCAGUACCCUGAGCGGCCCAUUAUUUUCCUCUCCAUGUGCUACAACGUCUACUCUGUGGCCUUCAUCAUCCGCUCAGUGGCGGGGCCUGAGAACAUUGCCUGUGACCGUGAGAAUGGUGAGCUCUACAUCAUCCAGGAGGGACUGGAAUCCACUGGCUGCACCAUAGUCUUCCUCAUUCUCUACUACUUUGGGAUGGCCUCUUCCAUCUGGUGGGUCAUUCUGACUCUCACCUGGUUUCUGGCUGCAGGGAAGAAGUGGGGCCAUGAGGCGAUUGAAGCCCACAGCAACUAUUUCCACAUGGCUGCCUGGGGUAUCCCUGCUCUGAAGACUAUCAUCAUCCUCACCAUGAGGAAGGUGGCUGGAGAUGAGCUGACGGGACUGUGUUAUGUAGGAAGCAUGGACUCGGGCGCUCUCACGGGCUUCGUCCUCAUCCCCCUGUCCUGCUACCUGAUCAUCGGCACAUCCUUCAUCCUCACGGGCUUCGUGGCCCUCUUUCACAUCCGUAAAGUCAUGAAGACCGAGGGCACCAACACGGAGAAGCUGGAGAAGCUCAUGGUGAAAAUCGGCAUCUACUCCAUCCUCUACACGGUGCCUGCCACCUGCGUCAUCGUCUGCUACUUCUAUGAGAGGCUGAACAUGGACUACUGGAAGCUGAGGGGGCUGCAGAUGAAGUGCGGCUCUUUCGGCGGCCACACCAGCGACUGCUCCCUGCAGACGUCCGUGCCCACGGUGGCCGUGUUCAUGCUGAAGAUCUUCAUGUCGCUGGUGGUGGGCAUCACCAGUGGCGUGUGGGUGUGGAGCUCCAAAACGCUGCAGACCUGGCAGGGCCUGUGCAGCAGGAAGCUGGUGGACAGGACUAGCAGCAGGAAACCCUGCAGCGGCGUCAGCUGCAGCAGCACGCACUGCCACUACAAAUCUCCUGCUGUGGUUCUGCACACGGCCAAGACUGACCUGCUCUCAGACAACCCCACACACGUCUGAGAGGGAGCACACACACACACACCUAUGCCCUGUGUAAGGAGCUGCUAAAAGACUAUAGAGGAGUGUUUGAGUUGAGCUGCUGCUGCCAAAGGGCACAAAGGUACAGCUGUCACUACUUCAUGUAAACAGUAUUUAGUACAUAAAGGGAAAUGUUCAGUAUUGCUACCCUUCUUUUCCUGUUCAUGCUGUUCAUAUAUAUUAUUAGUUAUGGGAGGAUCCUGGGGUAUUUUUGUGUUUUCCUUCCUGAGAGUGACACCAUUAUUUGUAUAAAUCUGUACAAAUGUUUUAUUUAUUGUAAAUGUAUUUAAUUUAAAGUUGUUUGGUUGCAUUUGUUGAAAGUCAGGGGAAAUCAAGUGCCUUUUCUAAUAAAUCUGGCCUUUCGGAGGAGAA